AUCUCGUAAAGACUUGUCGACUAUAAUAAAAGAAGGUAUUUAGCUAAUCCUCUUCUGUGAUUACAAUCAUGAUGCCAAAUAAAGGGUUUAAGAAUGGCUUUGACACGAGUCUUGUUCAUCUUCGUCUACCUUCGUACUACGGUUUAUUGCAUCUUAGGCGACAAAGCUUAACCCUAAAUUCCCGCGUUUUCUUCGGUGCCCGUCAUGUGACUCCUCCGGCUAUUCGGGUCGGGUCCAGCCCGGUUCAGAGUCUACUCUUCAGGGCACCGACUCAGCUAACCGGAUGUAACCGGAGUUCUCGCGAAUUGGGUCGUCGUGUUUAUUUCUCCGCUCGCAGUGACGGUGUCGAUCUCUUAUCUUCUUCACCGAUUGUCUCAACUAACCCUAACCUCGAAGAUUGUCUAACGGUUAUAGCAUUGCCAUUGCCUCACAAGCCUCUUAUUCCUGGCUUUUACAUGCCAAUCUAUGUCAAGGAUCCUAAAGUUCUUGCAGCUUUACAAGAGAGCACGAGACAACAAGCUCCAUAUGUGGGGGCUUUCCUUUUGAAGGAUGGCGCUUCUACUGACUCAUCUUCUCGCUCUGAAACAGAUAAUGUUGUCGAGAAGUUUAAAGGCAAAGGGAAACCAAAAAAGAAAAGAAGAAAAGAGUUGCUUAACCGUAUUUACCAAGUUGGCACUCUUGCUCAGAUUUCAAGUAUCCAAGGUGAGCAAGUCAUCCUUUUUGGUCGCAGACGACUUCUAAUAAAAGAGAUGGUGAGUGAAGAUCCUCUAACCGUCAACGUUUACCAUUUAAAGGAUAAGCCAUAUGACAAGGACAAUGCUGUCAUCAAGGCAAGCUACGUUGAAGUUAUUUCGACUCUUAGGGAUGUCUUAAAGACAAAUUCACUCUGGAGAGAUCAAGAUAUAGGUGACUUCAGUUAUCAACAUUUAGCUGAUUUUGGAGCCGGGAUCUCUGGCGCUAACAAACAUCAAAAUCAGGGGGUUCUUAAAGAACUGGAUGUUCAUAAACGUCUGGAGUUGACGUUGGAAUUGGUGAAAAAACAAGUAGAAAUUAACAAGAUUAAAGUAGCAAAGAUAAGGGUAAGGAUUGAUACUAAUAGAGACAAAAUUCCAAAACAUGUGUUAAAAGUCAUGGAAGAAGAGUUUACAAAGCUGGAGAUGUUAGAAGACAAUUAUAGCGACUUCGAUUUGACCUAUAACUACCUUGAUUGGUUGACCGUGCUGCCUUGGGGAAAUUUCAGUUAUGAGAAUUUUGAUGUCCUACGGGCAAAAAAGAUUCUUGAUGAGGAUCAUUACGGAUUAUCUGAUGUAAAAGAAAGAAUAUUAGAGUUUAUUGCUGUGGGAAGACUUAGAGGCACUUCACAAGGGAAAAUCAUUUGUCUAUCUGGCCCACCUGGAGUAGGUAAAACUAGCAUUGGGCGUUCAAUUGCACGUGCUCUUGGCCGCAAGUUCUUCCGGUUCGCUGUUGGAGGACUAUCUGAUGUUGGCGAGAUUAAGGGGCAUUGUCAAACAUAUGUUGGUGCCAUGCCUGGAAAGAUGGUGCAAUGUCUAAAGAGUGUGGGAACAGAAAAUCCUCUUAUUCUGAUCGAUGAGAUUGAUAAGCUUGGAAGGUGCCACACUGGCGACCCAGCCAGUGCGUUGUUGGAGGUUAUGGAUCCAGAGCAGAAUGCAAAUUUUCUAGACCACUUUCUCAAUGUUACUAUUGACUUAUCAAAGGUUUUAUUUGUAUGCACUGCAAAUGUGAUAGAAAUGAUUCCGGGUCCUCUGCUAGACAGAAUGGAGGUGAUUGAUCUCUCUGGGUAUGGUACUGAUGAGAAAAUGCAUAUUGCUAGAGACUAUUUGGUGAAAACCACAUGCAGAGAUUGUGGCAUUAAGCCUGAACAGGUCUCACUCACAACCAUUGUUCCUCAGUCUCCUGUCAUUUCUGAUUACCAUUUGCUGUUUUUAGCUUACGAGAGAUACCAUUUCCAGGUUGAUGUGAGUGAUGCAGCUCUUCUUUCCUUGAUAGAAAAUUAUUGCAGAGAAGCAGGAGUUAGAAAUCUCCAGAAGCAGAUUGAGAAGAUUUACCGUAAGGUUGCUCUUGAACUAGUACGCCAAGGAGCAGUUUCUUUAGAUGUUACUGACACUAAAGAUACUAAAUCUUCGGCCAAGACCGAUUCGGAAGUUAAGAGAAUGAAAUUGGCUGAUAUUAUGAAGAUACUUGAAUCAGCAACUGGGGAUUCAACAGAAUCAAAGACUAAGCAGAGCGGAGUGGUAGCUAAAACGUUUAAAAAGGUUAUGAUUGAUGAAUCAAACCUUGCAGAUUAUGUAGGCAAACCAGUAUUCCAGGAAGAGAAGAUCUAUGAACAGACACCUGUCGGGGUUGUGAUGGGUCUAGCUUGGACAUCCAUGGGUGGCUCAACGUUGUACAUAGAGACAACCUUUGUAGAAGAAGGAGAGGGAAAAGGUGGUCUUCAUAUAACGGGUCAGCUUGGGGAUGUGAUGAAAGAAAGCGCAGAGAUCGCUCACACAGUCGCUAGAAAGAUAAUGUUUGAGAAAGAACCAGAGAACCUCUUUUUUGCGAAUUCCAAGCUUCAUUUACAUGUUCCUGAAGGAGCCACACCAAAAGACGGUCCAAGUGCAGGCUGCACCAUGAUCACUUCGUUCCUAUCACUUGCCAUGAAGAAGCUUGUAAGGAAGGAUCUUGCAAUGACCGGAGAAGUUACUCUAACUGGUAGAAUUCUUCCAAUUGGUGGCGUUAAGGAGAAGACUAUAGCUGCAAAACGGAGUCGGAUCAAAACAAUUAUAUUCCCGGAGGCAAAUCGGAGAGACUUUGAGGAGCUUGCGGAAAACAUGAAAGAAGGGCUUGAUGUUCACUUCGUGGAUGAAUAUGAGAAGAUAUUCGAUCUAGCAUUCAAUUAUGACCAUUAGAAGAAAUUUGAGAAGUUUCUCACUUGGGAUCUUCUUCUUCUAACUCUUGUACCACAAACAAGAAUAAAUGUAACAUGAGCCAUGGAUUUUGUAAUACGUUUCUACUAAUUAUGAACAUUUAUUCUCUUUCUCUGAGUACAGAAAUCAAAACCCUAAUCAUUAAACGUUUUGUUGUUAAUAACAAACUCCUUUAAUC